AUGAGCGAUAACUUCGCAGAUUCAUCCGAUGAUUCUUCAGCAGACGAGGCGGGAAGAGGGGAUCAAUUGUUUGAUGACCAUAUCGAUGAUUUAGCAAGCAAUACAAUCGAUAGUGAUAAUUCAAGUGAGGACACCGACGAAAGUGAAGACGAAGUUAUUUUACCAGUGUACCACCGAACGGGAAAGACGAAACAAGUCGCUUCAGCUCUGGCUUACAAUCCAGAUAAUCCGCCGACUACAGAUGCCGAAGCGUCGUAUCGUGCCUUGCCUUAUAAUAGAGCAAAAUUACCAACUAGGCCAAGAGCUAAUACUCUCGCAGACCCAACUGGAUUAGAUCCACCCACCCAUCCUCGAGGUAGACCAAGGAAGAAUCCGACGAUGGACCCAUCAACGUCGAAGGAAAUACCGGUAGCUAGCAGAUUGAGGGCACGAAGAGCGGCCCAGCUAUAUCCGAAGCGAUCAAAACCAACACCUGAACCAGAAAUCGUGGAUAAUCCCGAAGACGAGAAUCCGUCAGAAGAAUCCGAGGAAGAAGAACUCGUACCUAAUCCGCCACAGUCUGUUAGGCCUGCGACACCACCACCACCUAAAUAUGAUGAUACAGAUGAUGAUGAGGUGUUCGAAGAGCUACUACCUCCCGAGAACGAAGCGAUCGUAGAAGUGAGGAAAAACCCUAGGGAAGAUCCAGAUUCCGAAGACUCUGAAGAAGACGAACCGCCUCUGUCCUUGCCAACUGACGAAAAUCUCCCCGUAUCCUCCCCAACAACUUCGAAGGGAUCAACACCAGCUGAGCCCCAAGCGUCAACCUCGUUUCGACCAUCACCUAGCUUUCUUGACUCAAUGAAACAUGCAUUCGGAGAGCUAGACAAAUGGAACCGCAGUAAAGGAAUCCCAGAGGAUAUAGGAUUCGAAGGAGAAAGAGAAGCUGAAGGUCAAAGCGAGGAUGCGGAGAACUCCGAGGAAUCAGAUAACGACGAGGGGGAAGCCCCACAAGAUCAGCUGACUAUUGGGACACGAGCAAACAAUAGAGGAAAAAGAAUUGAAAAUCUUUUAGAGAGGUUAAUACAGAUGCAAGAGAGUCUACAUGCUAACUUGACGAGGCAGAACAAAUUGGAGUCCUCUCAAUUUUACGAGAACAAAAACGCAAGGCUCGAAACUCAAGUUCCACCGACAGAUGAGCCCCAAUCCUCAUCGUCGUCAACUGGGAAGAAAAUCUCGGAAGUAUCGACUCCCGUGGUCUUGAAACGGCCGACAUUGCCGCCGACUUCCGUCAUCCCUACCAGAAGCAAUCGAAUUUUCCUUAUGCCGACGCCUCGGUCGGCCAUGAAUCCCAUUGCUAAGUCGAGUCCUAUAACGAGUGGACAACCUUCUAUGACUACAUAA